UUUACCAUAUAUAACAACAUCCACCGCCUCCCUUCUCAUCAAUUUCUCUCUCUCUCUCGACCUCUCUCGACUCUGAAUUUCGUUUUCGUUAUCGUCCGCCAAUGUAUAACGAAUACCACCAGCCAUCCCCUCCCUCUCUCAGGCACAAGCUCAAGAUGUGCUGUUUCUCCUCCUCCGUCCACGACCACGAACCUCUAGACGUCGACCAUGACAAGCCUCGCACUCCCCGCUCCCCUUACGCCUGGCUCAAAUCCACCGCCCAAGACCUUCCCGAUAUUCGCUACCGCUGCCGGAACCUGAUCUCUCGGAUCGGAAAGACCCGCCGGCGCUCCCACUCCGCCGACUUCAGUUACGACCCCUCCAGUUACGCCCUCAAUUUCGAGGACGAUGCCCGGCUCGAUGAGUUCCCCUUUAAUUUCUCGGCGAGACUGGCUGCGUCACCUUCGCCGCCGACCGAUUUUUCUGAAGUCACGGUGGCGCCGCGAAGGAGGGAGAUCGCUACGUUUAGCUGAGAAUAAUCUAGCCCUUCAGGUCCUUGAUGUUGUUUUUAUGUACAGCAUUAUAUAUAUAUCCGUAAGUAGUUUUCCUGAAAUCCAUGAUGUUGCCUGAGGUCGUACUAUAAUGUAUAUCUUUUUGAUGUAUUUAAUUGCGCUUACAACUAGAAUCAAUUCUGAAACCUAGCAUUCUGAAACCUAGGUUUCAAAAAAAUA